CGGUCUUGGUGGUGCUGAGGUGCAGGUGGUUGAAGUCACACCAUGCAGCAGAGUCCUGGAUCAGUUUCCUGAAUAUUGGAAGUCCGACGUGUACAGACGUGUCUGCCUCUGUAAAAGUUUGUUUGAAACAAGGAUGCUGGGGGAGGGGAGAGUAGUGGAGGAAUGGCUUUCAGAAUUCAAGACAUUACCCGAGUCUCAGUUUUCCAGCUAUGCAAACUCUCUCUAUCGGAAGAAGAAUCUGGUUCCGGCCCUCUACAAAAUCAUUCAGGACCCCAACAGUGAGCUUCUGGAGCCAGUGUGCAAUCAGCUUUUCGAACUGUACCGGAACUCUGAUGCCCGUCUGCGCCGCUUCACCUUGCAGUUCCUGCCCGAGCUGGUGUGGGUUUACCUGCGAUUCACGGCCAGCAGGGAGCGCCAGAUCAACGGCUGCAUCGAGGCUCUGCUGCUGGGCAUCUACAACCUGGAGAUUGUAGACAAAGAGGGAAACAGCAAGUUGUUGUCCUUCACCAUUCCUUCACUGUCGAAACCGUCUAUAUAUCACGAGCCCUCCAGUCUGGGUUCCAUGGCUCUGACAGAGGGAGCUCUAAGUCAGCACGAUCUAAUCCGAGUGGUUUACAGCGGCCUCCACCCUCAAAGGGAGACCUUUACCGCACAAAACAGGUUCGAAGUGCUGUGUUUCCUCAUGUUGUGCUACAACUCAGCCGUAGUGUACAUGCCUUCCUCGUCAUACCAGGCUGUGUGUCGCAUGAGCUCACGGCUGUGUGUGUGCGGGUUCCCACGGCAGCAGCAGAAGACCUGGCGGGAAGCGUGUAACCGCGUGGUGCUGGACCCUGAGUUCAUUGUGCAGAUGCUCACUGCCGUCUAUCAUGCCAUUUAUAACGGAGAAUGGGACCUGGGGAGAGAGGUGCUGGAUGAUAUUUUAUACAGAGCCCAGCUGGAACUCUAUUCAGAGCCUUUACUGUUGGGGAACGCAAUGAAGAACUCCUUGCCAGACAGUGCUCCGAAUGGUUCCCAAGGAAAAAAGGUACUGCAGGUGGAGGUGACUCCUACGGUCAGGAGGAUCUCUCGCUCGGCCAUUACUGCAGCCUCGAUUCGCAGGCUUCGCUGGAAGAGAGAAGAUUGUUUUGACUUCUCAACCGAGGCCGAGUUCAACCUCUCCAUCCAUUCGGGUCUCCACGCUUCCAUGGAGAUGGCAGCCAAUCCCAUACGAGGAGGGAGGGGCAUACAUGCAAUCACACUUGAGGACACUGACGGCAUGAGUGGAGGUGAAGAAUCCUUCAACCUGAACGACCCCGAUGAAGGGUUCUCCUCCGGAGCGUCCAACAGCAGCCAGCCGAGCACAGGCCGAGCGUCGGGGAGCGGAGGAGUGCGGACCAGCACGCAAAAGAGCUCCAAGAAGAGCAGCUCAAGUCGCACACACCGAGAAAAAGAGAGAGAGAAGGAGAUCUCGGCUGAGAAGCAUAAAGAGCCGCAGCACCCACAGAGAGCUCCGUCUCCUCCACCCGCCAUCACACUGGACACCAUCGAACUUUCCCCAAUGAAGAAGACGCAAAGCCUGAGCCGGACCUGCAGCAUGAGCGCCGGCGUGAGCGGAGAGCAGGAGAAAGGAGGAACAGACGGAGGACUCUGCUCCGGAGGAGGAGGAGGAGUGCACCGCCUUUCCAGCCUCAGUCUGAAAGAAGAACAUCUGGUGCGGCCUGAAGGAGGAAGGAUCUGCUGUCUCCUGGAGCUCCUCUGACCAAGCAGUCUCGCUCACCCAGCUUCAACAUGCAGAUCAUAUCACAGGUGUAGAGCUCACACACCUGCAUCCCAAUCACCUCGUCUGCUUCCUGUUUCUCGAUGUCCAUUUUUUUUUUUCUUCCAAACCAGAACCCUGAUCUCUGGGGUGGGUCUGUUUAUCUUUCUUUAGUAUUUUUUAUUUUUUUUGGACAAGUUUGAUGGAAAUCUGAAUUGCCGCAAAACCGAAACAGCAGUAAAAAUAUGGACAGGGUGAAGACUGACUAUAGAUAAUAUAAAAAAAGUAUCGACAAAGGUUUGUAAGAAAUGUUUUUUAAGAAAGAAAAAAAUCUAUGAUGGAAAUCUAUUCUUCCUUCUCUCUCUCUCUCUCUCUCUCUUUCUCUCUCUCUCUCUCUCUCGUAUAUUCCUCAGACCAAAUUAAGCAUUCCACUUCUAACAGACUGAUGUUUUGGAUUCGGAUGUGUACCGCCCGAUCUACGCUGACCAGGCGUAAGCCGCCAUCUCCACUGCGUGGCAGCUUGAUCAACAGCUGGCCAGAUGUUUGAGAUCAAAGUUACUUAGAACAUACUGCCUCAUGAACUCAGAAACAGAAACGACACAGCAAUUUUUCGUUUCUCUCAGAGUAGUAUGACGUAAAAAGCCCAGUGAUUCCUGGGGAAAUACCGGCCAGUCCUUUUUUUUUUUUCUUCUUUUUUUUUCCCAAUUAAAGUCCGUUUAAUGAAAAUGUUCGGCUUCGAGAGAUCGGACCACUUCCGAGGCAGUGGAGAUUUUAAUUGGCUCUAGCCAGAAGAGAUCAGGCAUAUUUUUAUGAUUAUUCUUAUUUAUUGUUAUGGGACUUCAGAGAUUAGUCUAUAUUAAAAAAGAAAGAAAGAAAAAAGAAAAAAAAAAAAGAGUAAGCAAUAAAUCUUAGGUUGUUCGUUUUUGACACGAAGCAAUCAUUGCAGUGUCUCAGUAUGCAUUCCUGCUGAACUCUUGGGUCCUGUGCAAUUUCUAUCAAGGUCUUUUCUUUUAUUAUUAAUAUUAUUAUUAUUAUUAUUAUUAUUAUUAUUAUUAUUAUUAUUAUUAUGAAAGUUCUUACAGAUAGCUAGUUCUUUUCAUUUUUAUUUUCCGUCCCAAAGACGGUUCUAUUUAUAAUGUUAAACGUGUUCUAUCUAUAAACAAUCAAAUUACCUUCGACCUUGAUUUUGCUUUAAAAAAAAAAAAGAAUUGUUUUAUUAGUAUAUGAUUUGCAUCGAUUGAGGUUUUUUUUUUUCUUUUCUUCAAAUCGAUCUGUAUAUUCAAACAACUAUGUAUUUUGUUGAUUUGGGCGUGUUAGAGUUGUCUGUUUCACAUACUGGGGCCAAGAUGUUUAAGAAUGUUGUCGACUUCGUCGUUCUUGUUGCUGUGUAUCCGCUGAUCCCAAGCAGGAAAAAAAAAAGAAAAGAAAACGCUGUGUGGAACGAUAUUUUAAUGUGUCCCUGUGUCCUGAGCGAGGACUAUUGCCGUACGAGCGCAUUGUUUCUCUCCCAGAGGUUUAAAGCUUAAGAAGCAUGAUUCUGAUGUGCUGGUGUCAAACACGAGCUGUAAUAAUCCUGUAUUAUCCUCAGAAGUCUUGGAGUGUGUGUGCGUGCGUGUGUGUGUGUGCGUCUUGUGUUGGUGUGAUGCAAUCAAACAGGGUUCCUGGAGUUAUUAGUUCUACCUCGUCUUCUUUCCAUCAGCCUUUCAAACACUGGACUACACGCUGAAAACUCCCAGAAAAUGACUGAGGAUUUAUUCCUGUGUGUUGAGUCGUGGUUCUCCUGUCCAUCACCAUUUCAUUCAAGGCCUGUUUUCGUACAGGCGUACUCACGUGAUACCAGAUCUGACCACUAGAUGGUGCUUCUGGUUCCACGCACCGUGUAACCAGAAGCUCCAUCUAGUGGUCAAACCUGGUGGCAUUUUGUUUUUGCAGGAUAAUCAUGUGUGUAGGUGUCAUUUCUUUCUGCGUGUGUUUUUGAGUUUUUUCUUUUUCUUUAAUAAUAAUAAUAAUAAUAAUAAUAAUAGCGAUCACUGCAAAUCUGGUUCAUGCGAACGCUGACUUUUUCAUCCGUCAUGGCGCUUAGUGUACAUCGAGCCAGCGAGUGGGACGGAACCCAAAGGAAAACAAAAAGUCGCAUUUUUUAUUGUGAAAGAGAGCCAAAUAACUUAUGUAUAUGCAUGAAUGUAUAUUUACAUUCAAAAAUCAGUGCAAGAUCAGAUUUCGACUUGUGGGAGGACGUGGGGUCGAUCGGACGUUCUGCAGGAAUUGGGGGUUUCUGUGGGAGCGAAAGUUUCCCCGAAGGCAAAAGGGACUGCUGUGGGAAGAGGCAGGGUUAGUGAGAAGUUCUCCAGGAGUUAGACAGGAUUGCUCAAACGUAAUGAGUUCGAUUAGUCGGUUUUUCAGUGGGCACAGGAGGGAUUUCGCACUUUCUGUGCGAGUGAGUGAGAUUAGUCUUCAAGUUUGCAGGGUCGUUUGGGAUCGGUCAACUAAUGAGAGGGAAUUGGUUAACUUGUUGAAAUAGCAGGUGGGAUUAGUCAGUGGGGAGAAGACCAAGACUUCUACCAGUGAAUCCGCAUUACAUCCCUUCAUCCCACAUCUUGUGCCAACAGCCUCCCGAGUGGGACUGCUUUCACUGUCCAUGUCUUAAAUAGUGGUCUUAGUUCAGACAUGUACAAUAGAAACAAAAAAAACAUAGUGUAUUUGGAUCAAGUGUAUAACAAUGUCUUCUAAAUCUCUUAUCUAUGAAGUCACCCAUCCUGAGAAUUCGUAGUGUAUCUAAUUAUGGCAUGUAUUUGCUGUGGAUCUACAGACUUAGGUUAUUCCUGUUGGUUUGGUUUUUAUUUGUGUGUGUGUGUGUGUGUGUGUGUGUGUGUGUGUGUGAGAGAGUGUUUCUGGGAAACAGUUAAGAUUUGAGAUUUUACUCUACAGCCCUGAUUUGUCGAACUCUACUCUUCCUACAUGCAGUACGGUCAAAAUGACUCUUCGGGAAGUGCAUCAGGGUUGCGAUCUAAAACCUGCUGUAAUGUUUCACUAUAAACCGUCUUAACCUCCUCUCUGUGGCGUAGAGGACUACUGGCUGUUCUGUGUGUUUGCUGUACAGUUUGUUCUAAUCGGAGGUAUUCGCGUCUCUCUGUACUGUACAUUGCGGUGCGUUUCACUGCUCCUGCCCAAAUUUUUCUUCAUUAAGUGGAAUAGAGUGAACACUUUUUUUUGGGGGGGGCACUAAACUGUACUUGUCAUUAGGUUGGUACCUUUUGAUCCUUUGUAUCUAUUAUUUUUAUCCUCUUCUGAAGUGCUGAGUGUUUCUUAAUGUACCUUGAAAUGGAGGGUAAUUAGAGCUUAAGGAGCGCCGCUGUACGUGCCGUGUAUGAAAGGUACAAAAGAUAUCUGAUGAUUCUACAGCGUGUAGUUUUUUUUUUCCUGAAAGCUGUCAGAUUGUCCAUUCAUUUGUCUUUCAUUUCAAAAGUUAGUUUGGAUUAAAAAAAGCGAAUGUUCACUUUUCCCCCAAAUGUGCUCCAUCAGUGCCAUGGCUUUGGGAUAGUGUGCUGAAGGUCACGAGUUCAAAUCUCAUUUGACAAGCUUUCAGUUUUGGGCUUUUUUUCCUCUUGAGCCAGACUCAAGAAUCGCUCAGGAGGAGCCUGUUUUGAUUGUGGAGACUACUGAGCAAACGUUUAUACAUACACACCUUCACAAAGAAAACACACACAUAUUCUCUGAGAGUUCGAGCAUCCAAUUCUGCCUUUAAGCAUUAGGCCACGCCUCCUGCCUGAGUUGGAGAGAUUCUGGCCAUUUUAUAUGUAGUUUUAGUUAUUCUACUUCCUGUCAUCGAGUUCUUUUGAAUGAUCGUUUGUUUUUGUUUUUUUCCCCAUGAUUCUAAAUUCAGACAUUGAACUUUGAAGUAGAGACAAUUGUGCUGACGUAUCUUUUUGGUUAUAAUAUGGCUACUGUAGUAGUGUCCCUUCUCCUGUUUUUACUCAGAACAGACCUCUACCAGAGAGACGUGUGUGUGUGUUUAAUCCGCCCUCUGCGUGAUCGGAUUGCAUGUGACGUGUGUAAGCCUUUCUUUUCAUCUGAUGCACUUUAUCCAGACUUUAGUGUUGUCAGUGGCUGACAAUAGCUGUGUAUGUGUGUGUAUAUAUAUAUAUAUGUGUGUGUGUGUGUGUGUGUGUGCUUGAGAUGUGUGCUCGUGAAAACUGAACGAAAGUGAAUGCUAAAUCCUACUACAGACUACCCGACAACUAUUCCACACACACCUUACAAUCCAAAUCAUCUGUACAGGAACAGAUCUCCCUGUGGUGAUCUUCAGGUCUUCUUCCUUCUUCUUUACUCUGAACAGUUGGUCUUUCCACUCGUUUUAGUUCGAACUGAUACAAUUCUAUGCAAUUCAAGGUCGAUUGGAGUUUUUCUUUCGUCUUUUGUUGGAUCAAAUCUCUGGGUUGCUGGUAGGUUUUUAGCUGGACUGGCUGUGCAAGUUCCUCCUCAGGUCCUUCAGCGAGGAACCGCAUCGAAUUGCUGCUGUUUUAAGCGAAUGAUCUCAUGGUUUUAGAUCAGGUCUAAAGUAAGAGGUAAUUGUGUGUGUGUGUGUGUGUGUGUGUGUGUGUGUGUGUGUGUGUGUGUGUGUGUGUGUGUGUGAAAAUACCUACAAAUUAAGAAAUAAAAAGUCAGCUGGACCUUGUUGAACUUGCAGAUUUCUUUACCAUGAGCCAUGCAUGAGAUCUUUAGGAGGCGUGGUGAAGCAGAGGCACUGUUUGUCUUAUAGAAUGAGAGGUUACGCCGUACAAAACCAGUUUCACCCGAAAGCUGUAAAAGCAAUUUCCGAAGCGAAAUACUGUACCAUUGAUGUAAAUGGAAAGAUUAUUUUAAAACCUUGUAAAUAAAACUGUACAAAAAAAAAACAAACAAACAAAAAAGAGUAAAAGUGAGAUGUUCAUAUCAGUCUGCUGAUGCAGGAAAAUAUGGCUCUGUAUAUUGGUCAAUAAAUCUUGUGCUGUAACAGA